GCAAUCCACAAACACACACACACACAGACCCAACAAUGGUUAAGAGGAAAGAGAGAAGAGACCCCGAGGAGCUGGGCGACGCGCCCCCAGCCAAGGAGCACCAGGACGGAGACGAGUCCAGCGAUGAUGACAUGGACAUGCUGGACGUCGAGUUCGAGUGGUUCGACCCGUCGCCCGAAGUCGACUUCCACGGGCUCAAGACGCUGUGCCGGCAGCUGUUCGACGUCGACAACCAGCUCUUCGACCUAUCCGCACUAGCAGACCUCGUGCUAUCGCAGCCGACACUGGGCUCGACCGUGAAGGUCGACGGGCUAGAAUCGGAUCCGUACGCCUUCCUGACGGUGCUGAACCUGCACGAGCACCGGGAAAAACAAGUCAUCAAAGACCUGACCAGCUACGUGCUGAGGAAGUCGGCCACGGACGCAUCCACCGCCCAGCUCGCGCAGCUGCUCGACCCCGCCUCGCCCGCCCAGGUCGGCCUCAUCCUCACCGAGCGCUUCAUCAACAUGCCCUCGGAAAUCGUGCCGCCCAUGUACAACAUGCUGCUCGAGGAGAUGCAAUGGGCGCUCGAGGACAAGGAGCCCUACCACUUCUCGCACUACCUGCUCAUCUCCAAAACCUACCUCGAGGUCGAGUCGAAGCUGGACCAGCAGGAGACCCGCCCUAAGAAGAAGGGCAAGAAGGAGGCUAGCAGCGAGACGUUCUACUUCCACCCCGAGGACGAGGUCCUCCAUAAGCAUGCCCUCGCGCACUGUAACUACGAGUACGACAAGCAGGGCGAUGAGGGCGCUAGCGAUGCGAAGCGCGCCUUCCAGGAGGCUGGCGUCAAGCCUGUCGGGCACAUGAUUCUUAUUGAUGGCAGCAAGUUCGAGGGCGCCAUCAAGGCGGUUGGUGAAUAUCUCGGCGGUCCUGCUGCCCAGUAGGCUGCGAAUCUUACAUAUUUGGCUAUGAAGCGGGAAGAUGAUGAUCCCG